GGAAACUUCUUGGUUUGUUACUUUGCUUCAUAGCUUUUGCUAUAUUCUGAUUCUGAGUAUUACUUCAACUCCAUUCACUAAACCACCGUUAGAUUCUUCUGUGUUUUCAUAUAAAGCUUUGAUCUUUUUGUUUACUAUCUUCUUGCGUCUAGAAAUCGGAAACAAGAUGUUUCUUAGGUGCUUCAAACCCAAGUUCUACAAGAAAAGCAAAUCUACAACCAGCUACAUGAAGAUUAGGAUUGAUAUAGUUAGGAGAAAAAGGAUUGCAAUGGUUAGAAAUUAUAAAACAGAUAUUGUGAAUUUCCUCAAGAAUGGCCAAGAUUCUGAAGCUUAUAGAAGAGCAGAACUUUUACUCGAAGAGCUGAGAAUAAUAUCGUGCUACGAUCUCAUCGAGCGAUUCUGCGAUUGUAUCUCUGAAAAUCUCUCACUAAUGCUGAAGAAAAGGGAAUGUCCUGAAGAAUGCAGAGAAGCUGUUUCCUCUUUGAUAUAUGCAACGGCAUGGGUUCCUGAUGUUCCUGAACUUAAGGAUCUUAGAGCCGUGUUUACGAAAAGAUUUGGGAAUUUCAUUGCUUCAUCUGUAAAUCAUGAGCUUGUUGAGAAAACUGAAUUGUUAAGGCCACCUUCACGGGAACUCAAGAUUCAAACAGUGAAAGAUGUUGCGAAUGAGUUUUCGAUUAACUGGGAUCCUACACCUUUGAAACUGAUGCUGCUCAGAGAGACUUCAGCUCUGCAGAUUAAGGACAAGGUCGAGACAAGAGCGGAUUAUCUGAACAAAGAUACAGAGAAAAGUUUCAUGGAUGAACAUAGUGAUGAUGAAUCGGUUCUUUCUGAGAGUUGGAGAAUAGAUUCAUUGUCCAAAGGCAGUUUGAGUUCUAGUUCAAGCUCGAGCUCGAGUUCUCUUCGAAGGGUAUCUGUAAGGAAGAAGAAGGGGAAGAAGAUUUUACCGUACGGAAUAAUCUCUUCUCCAGACACGAAACUAGGAGCUGGAAACGACGAGAAAGCACAAGAGGAGAAAGAAGAGAAGAGAAAGAUUGCUGAUCAAGAAAACUCAAGGUUACUUGGAAUACAAGGUAGUAGGAGUCUCACAAGUACAAGCAAUAACGAAGUUUCCACAAUAAGAGAGAACGAGAGAAUGUCGUCGUUUCAAAGACCUAACCUCCUUGAUUAUGAUGAUGUGGUGGCUCGUCUUGCAGCUCUGCGCCGGAGAUAAGAAAGUAGUAAUUAUAAGGGUUUCUUAAUUUCUCGUCGUAGUUAAGUUUAUAUUGGUAAAAUUACUUUUUUACUAAUUAGAAUUUUCGUUUGAGAAUAUGUAAUUAUCUUUAUGACUUUGUAAUUAGUCCAGUCUGUAGUUGAAUCUUUUCGCAGCAAAAAGGUUGAUAGUUCAAUGGAUGAACUUUGA